UUAGCCAUGCUGGCAAUUCAUGUGUAGUGAAUUUUAUAUAUAUAUAUAUUUUUUUUAAAUUAUGUUUCAUAAGAAGAAAGGAUAUUUGUAGUGAUAUCCUAUGUUUAUUUGCUAUUGUAUUGUAAUUUUUUUUAAACGAUCAUUUGACUGCGUGUGAACAGCGAAAUGAACGUAAAUGCUACGCACAAUGAUUUGCUCGUUUGAUUCAGUUACCGAUUUUAUUCAUUUCAACCGACCGAAGAGCUCAGGGAGUUAUACUGAACCAAAUGCCUCGCGUUAUUUGUUAGCAAGCGAAUUGUCUGCAGCAAAUCAUUGUUCCUCGAUAACUGUUGAGCUAGCCAGUCUGCUAACAUUUCGCAUUUGUGUUAGCUCAGCGAAAUAGCUACAGACAGAAGCAAUGCCCAGGUAACUGUCAUCAAUGCAUUCGACACCUAGCGUUGUGUGACACUGUCAGUCUCCCCACCAUGAAACUGGUUCGCCUCCUGUGUCGUCACAAGACGGCUCUGGCCAUUGCAGGAGUCUGCCUGUUCGCUGUAGUCGUCCUCUUCCUCGCCAAGUGUACCUCCGAGACCCUGAAACAGGGCCAGGUCGACCCUCCAGGCUUAGCACCCCACGCUGCCCACUCCCGGCCCAGAGCAGAGCACCCCAAGCCCCCCAAAGACCUCUCAGCCUUCCUUGUGGUCCUCAUCACCACAGGACCCAAGUACACAGAGCGGCGGAGCAUUAUCCGCAGCACAUGGCUGACUAAGAAGGACCCGGAGGUUCUAGCUAUGUUUGUGGUGGGAACCGAGGGUCUACCGGCCGAGGAUAUGCAGAACCUCAACACAGAGCAGGGCCGACACAAAGACCUGCUCUUACUCCCCGAGCUGCGGGACUCGUAUGAGAACCUGACCCUGAAGCUGCUGCACAUGUACACCUGGCUGGAUCACAAUGUAGACUUUAAGUUUGUUUUAAAAGCAGAUGACGACACCUUCGCUCGCCUGGACCUGCUGAAGGAGGAGCUGAAGACUAAAGAACCCAGCCGGCUGUACUGGGGGUUCUUCUCAGGCCGCGGUCGUGUCAAAACUGCGGGGAAGUGGAGGGAGUCGGCUUGGGAGCUGUGUGACUACUACCUACCCUACGCCSUAGGUGGAGGGUAUCUGCUCUCCUGCGACCUAAUCCACUACGUGCGCAUCAACGCUGCCUUCCUCAAGGUGUGGCAGAGCGAGGACGUGUCGCUGGGGGCUUGGCUGGCCCCCGUGGACGUCAAACGGACGCACGACCCACGCUUCGACACGGAGUACAAGUCAAGGGGCUGUAGUAAUAAGUACCUGGUGACCCACAAGCAGAGCCUGGAGGAUAUGUUAGAGAAACAYCAGACACUGCAGAGAGAUGGGAGGUUGUGUAAAGAAGAGGUUAAACUCKGACUGAGUUAUGUAUACGACUGGAGCGUCCCGCCAUCCCAGUGCUGCCAGAGGAAGGAUGGAGUACCCUGAUAACCCCUGACCAUCCUCACCAAUGUUUCCCCAAGCAGUAUGGUGUUCUCCCUCAGCCUUGCUCUGUCGUCCCCCACCUCCCCUCUUGUUCUGUUGCCCCUCAACUAAAACAUUUGUUGCCUUCGGUUGAAAUCCAUAGAAGGUGUCUGUUAUGGCAGCCCYCCUAUGAAAAGACCUGAGGAAAACACUGUUCCCUUUUUAUAUGUUUACUUGUUUAUUUAUUCUGGAGCCCUCACUGACUAAACUGAAACCACAGAAUAGGACAGGAGUCAAUYUAUUUAUUAUUAACAGCAUGUUGGGAGCGAGUGUACUUAAAGGAACUGGUAUUCAGCUUACUGGUAGGACAAUAAAGAGACCCAAGUUUGAGUUUAUUUUUACAGGGACCGUGCACAUUAAUCAACGUUUCAGUGAAAGUGCCGAUUUGAGCCAUUUUUAGCUAAUUUUCCACCACAGUCCCUYGGCAGGUUAUUAAAAACAAUUACAAUAAGAAUACAAUCAAUGAGCAGUAAACACACGCAGAGCAACAUAGGACAAGCAACACGUAGCAUGCAGACAGAGCAAUAGCACAAAAAGCAACAAAAUACAUAAUAGCUACAAAUAACAAAUAGCAGUACACAGCUUGGGAUUAUGUUCACAAGUGUGAUUGGCCUUGAGCAAUGUCUUCAUGUUUUUUGGGAAGUUGUGAUAGGUGCAGUUGUGUGUGUCUGAUGGCAGUGUGUUCCAGACUCAGGAAGCUCUCACAGAAAAAGCAGAUUGACUAAAGGUGCUUUUCCUUAAACGAACUGUACAGUCACCUCUCAUGGCAGACCUUGUGGAUCUGCU